CCCCGCCCCCGCCGCGCCUGGCCGAGGCUGAGCCGCGGCGGCCGCUGCGGGCUGAGAGAAGAUGGCGGCGCCGGGCGAGUACUUCAGCGUGGGCAGCCAGGUGUCCUGCCGGACCUGCCAGGAGCAGCGUCUGCAGGGCGAGGUCGUCGCCUUCGACUACCCCAGCAAGAUGCUGGCGCUCAAAUGCCCCUCUUCCAGUGGAAAGCCUAAUCAUGCAGAUAUCCUGCUUGUAAACUUACAGUAUGUUUCAGAAGUGGAAAUAAUUAAUGACCGCACGGAAACGCCUCCUCCUUUAGCUUCACUCAAUGUUAGCAAGCUUGCCAACAAAGCGCGGACGGAGAAGGAAGAGAAGAUGAGCCAGGCGUAUGCAAUUAGUGCUGGUGUCUCUCUGGAGGGGCAGCAGCUCUUCCAGACUAUACAUAAGACCAUUAAAGACUGUAAAUGGCAGGAGAAGAACAUAGUCGUGAUGGAAGAAGUCGUCAUCGCCCCUCCCUACCAAGUGGAAAACUGUAAAGGCAAAGAGGGGAGCGCGCUGAGUCACGUACGCAAAAUAGUGGAGAAACAUUUUCGAGACGUGGAAAGCCAGAAGGUAAUGCAGCGUUCACAAGCACAGCAGACACAGAAGGAGACCUCCCUCUCGUCCUGAGGCACCUCCGACGUGGGGACUCCCCCUCCGCCCGCCACCCACUCACCGGAGGCGGGAGGGCGGCGGUGGUGGCGGGGACUUCAACUUUUAUUUCCUUUUUUUUUUUUUUGAGCUCGUUAAUGGGGAGCUCAACCAGUUCCAAACCUUAGACUUUAAAACAAACGAGAAAAGAGAAUAAUUUAAAAGCUCAUGCAUUACUUGACUAACAGACUUUCUUUUGUCCGCCAUGUUUUCUUUCCUACCAGCCAGUCAGACUUGGUUAGUUUUAUUUUUCGACCUUUCUUUUCCUUUCUCCUCCCCACUCCCCUGCUGCCAACCCUCUCCCCCCCCCCUUUACUUUUCUAAAGGGGGUCUGUCGCCCCAUGUCCCCCCUCCCUGUCCUGUAGGAGGGUCUCCCCCUGCCCAUCCCUCUCCCCACAAAGCCCCUCCAAAAAAUAAAAGUAACGAGCUGACUGCGGUGGCCGAACCGGGACCCUUGUGACCAGCGCGGUCUCGUUUUAAUUUUGUUUGCACAGGGCAAGGCUUGAAUUAGUCUUAUUUUUCUUAUCUUUAAAUAUAUAUAUGAAUAUAUAUUAAAAUGUUCUUUAAAUAUUUUCUGCUUCUAGCAGUUCUCUCGAUCAGGAUCGUGGCAAAAAAACCUCCCCCGUCACCCCUGCGCCCACCCUCCCACCCCGCCGGCCCCGGGGAGCCCGAGGGGGGACUGCGGGGGGGACUGGGGGGGUGGGGGAGCUGUGGCCCCCCUGCCCUGCCACCCCCACCUGGGACCACACUGGGGCCUGGGUUGGGGUUUUUCUCCCUUUUUCCUUUUUUUUCCUUUUUUUUCUUUUGUUUUUUUCCCCCUUUUUUACUUUAUUUUAAAAUAAAUUUUUCUUUUUUUUCUUUUUUUUUUUUUGCCAUGAUCCUCCCCCUCCCCUUUUUGUUUUGUUUUUUAAAAUAAAUGGAUCAAAAUCAAACAAUUCAAGCCCUGCCUUUAGAAGAGUUAAAAAUUUAAAAAAAAAAAAAUUUAAAAAAAAAAAGGAAAAUUUUUUAGUCUUGUUUAGCAAAAACAAUAAAACCCGAAA